AUGGACCUCGCCACUGAAAAGCUGUGUAGAUUCUGCAAGAAAGCCACCGCAAAGUACACCUGUCCACGCUGCAACUACCCGUACUGCUCGACAGAGUGCUACAAGGAUGCAGAGCAUCGAAACUGUAGUGAAGAAUUCUACAGAGAUUGGGUGCAGACCUGCCUCCGCAUGGAACAGGGAAAUCCUGACACCCGGCGGCGCAUGGCAGAAAUAUUGCGAUCCGCACACAACGAGGACGUGUGCGAGGAACAGCUCCUCUCCGAGAGGUUGGAACAGAUAGACCUGGAGUCUGACUCUUCCGUGUGGGAGCAGCUGACGGAGGAAGAGAAAGCCGAGUUCCACGAGCUGCUUCAAAGUGGCGAGCUCGGAAAAUACGUCCCAGUGUGGCAGCCAUGGUGGGAGGAGCCGACAAGCCUCGUCACAGAAAUAGAAACGGAGAAGGACGCACCUGUCCAGCUCUUGAGCAAGCUGACGAGCCGCCCGCCCGCGCCUUGCGUCGUCAACAGCGUUCUCAACAUCCUCUGUUCUUACAUUUAUGUUGCAAAGCUCUAUAACGGCGACUUUCUUGCGGAAAGUGUAGACGACUUAUUCGAAGCCUGCGUCGUCCUGGACGAAGAUGCCGUAUUUGGUACCGCGGCUGAGGCGAUCCAGAGCGUCCACCAGAGAGUCGUCCACGGUGGCACGCCUAUGGAUGGCUUCCCUCCGCUGUUGAGAAGUCUCAGCAAGUUGCUCCUGGAGCCCGGAGCAAAACAAAAGGCUGGAAGGGCGCUCCGGGAAGUGAGGGAACUGCUGGAGCGGUCGCUGAGAACGGGGCAUAAAAAGCGCAAAAAGCACCGCGCUUUGAAAAAGUGCGAGUACCUUCAAUCGUGGGUGAACGAAUAUGGCAACUCUUUGUCGUCCUGUGUCAAGGAUGUUGACAUGGAGAUUGUGUCCAUUGUCGAAGAUGUCGAGAGCUUCGCAAAAGCAGAAGUCGCCAUGAAAGAAGAACAACGGACACAGAAGAAAGUUCUCAUUGAGGAACUUGACUAAACAUUUCUCAUGCCGUUUUAGCGAGCGUGUAAGGUAGCGUUGCUAGCUAACUUGUUGUGUGCAGUAUAGUAGGCUGAACACCGUUGAAAUAUUGAAAAUAAAGACCGAUCGUUCGGAG